UUUGUAAAUUGAAUUUGCAGUGAAAAAGUAUUAUUUUGAAAUUGAAAUGCCAAAAUGAAAAAUUGUCAAAAUUCAAGUGGAAUUAGAUAAUAAGAUUUUAGAAUAAUGGACGAUUCAGAAAAUAAUAAAAUGAAUUCUGAAAUACAAAUUAAUAAACCAUGUGUUGAGAUGCUACAAACGGAGGCACUGAAUUGUUUGAAUAAAUUUCCAAAUAAAGUUAUAGAAUUAAACACUAUUAUUGAGAGUUACACACCAUCGACUGUUAAAUCUGGAACUUCCGGUGGAAGUACAACUCAAUUAUCAACAGCAGGUUCAGUAUCAUCGACAUUUGGAAAUUAUAAUUCUACCACAAGACCAGAAAUUGAUGUAACGAGUUAUUAUUCACUUUCAACAUACGAUCAAAGACACACGCGGCGAGGAAUUCAUAAAAGAAAAAUUUAUCGUUUAAAACGUUUUGAAGGAUCAAUGCUUCGACGAAGACCCGGACCUUUAGGGCAAUUACUUGCAUUUCUUGCUGCUAAACUUUCAUUAUGCACAAAACAAUUAGUUUUUGCUCCAUCCUACUAUGUUAUUGAUAAAAUAAUGUCCACACUUUUUCAACAACGAGAAUUAAGAAGUGUACAAUGUGGACCAUCAGCAAAUUGGAAUAGUUCAUUAACAACUUAUAUUACAACACACAAGGAGGAUAAUUCAGUUAUUGGAAAUCUUAUAAGUGUCAUGAGACCGGCAGCUGUGCAACUAAUUGCAGAUACAACUGUGUUAAAACGUUGGCUUCAAGCAAUGUCAAUAAUGUCACCGACUCCGGAAUUAUCACGUGAUUUAAUUCAAAUAACUCGUUGUACAGAAACAAUCGAUUGUUGGGGUUAUGAAUUAUUUUUUCAUCUCAAAUGCCUUCAAGUGACACGAAUGAGAAACAUUGAAAGAAUUAUCAAUGAAGAUCAGACAACAAAUGAAGAAAUAACGCAUAUAAAUUUAUGGCAUCGUUUAAUUCAACUUCGUGAUAAUUAUAUUAUUUUAUAUGAAUCGCUUCACGAUGAUAAAAAAUUUCCGGAUUCAAAACCACCCGUCGAGAAUCAAGAAAAUUUGCACACUUGAUAUUAAAAUUUACACGUCCCUUUUUAUUAAUUGGCGAGAAUGUCAUUUUUUUAAAAUUGUAAAUUUAUGUUAUUAAUAAACGUAUUUGUAUUUUAUAA